UUCCUUCCCUCUCUCUCUCUCUCUCUCUCUCUCUCUCUCUCUUGCCUUCCCAUUUCCUCAAUUCGAUCAACCAAACCAUGACUAAGAUAUUCUUGGUUCUAGUACUUCUGCAAACUUUGUUCAACAUUUUGGUUGUGGCUUCGGCUGGUAACCUCAACCAAGAUUUUGACUUAACAUGGGGUGACGGUCGAGCGCAAAUACUCGACAACGGGCAGCUUCUUACGCUGUCCCUGGACAAGACUUCGGGGUCGGGUUUCCGGUCCAAGAAUCAGUACUUGUUUGGGAAAAUUGAUAUGCAGAUCAAGCUUGUGCCUGGUAACUCUGCUGGUACUGUUACGGCUUACUAUCUGUCCUCGUUGGGUUCUACUCAUGACGAGAUAGAUUUUGAGUUUCUAGGCAACCUAAGCGGAGAUCCUUAUAUUCUACACACAAAUGUUUUCACACAAGGGAAGGGUAAUAGGGAGCAACAAUUCUAUCUUUGGUUUGAUCCCACCAAAGACUUCCACACCUACUCCAUCUUGUGGAACCCUCAAAGCAUCAUAUUCUCUGUGGAUGGGACACCCAUUAGACAGUUCAAGAACUUAGAAUCGAAG